AUGGACUCGACUUAUCGAGGUCCACGGGUCGGUGUGUCUUGGCGUGCCAGAGGUUUUCUUCUUGGGCAGCCCUUUUUCGGUGUGCCGAGAUGGCUCAAUAGCAGCGAUGUUCGCGGAGGUUGUGCCCUUGAGGCUAUCGCUUUGGGAAGGUGCACCUCACGAGGCCUUGAGGUGCAACCGGCACCGUGGAAGAUGGCAUUCGUCUUGAUGCCAUUUGCAGGGAUCAGUCCAUGUAUUGGUCGAUUCUCACAGGAGCAACAAGUGUUAUGGGAACGCGAAUCGAUUUCCCCAUCUGCAAAUGAAGGGACAGGAUACGAUACUUUCCACCUCCAUUCUUCCUGCAUUCUCUGUGGUACUUCUAACACGGUCUUGGCGAGGCGUUGCUCUACAGAUGUAAGCGAUCGGCGGUGCGAUGCCAGUAAAGAUGGUCACUUUGGAAAUCGUGGUGGUUACCGCCUUCUUGGUGCAUAUUCUUGGCAUUUUCGAUAUCUUGCCAUGGCGAAUGGUGGCUAA